GAGCAGAGGGAGCGGAAGCGCCUUAGGCCGCCACGGGAGGCUGAGCGGGCCCAGGCACCGGCACCGACCCCACCGACCCACCGACCCACCGACCCAAGAUGCCGGCCUACCACUCUGCCCUCAUGGACUCGGACACCAAACUGAUUGGAAAUAUGGCUCUAUUACCUCUCAGAAGUCAGUUUAAAGGACCAGCCCCUAGAGAAACAAAAGACACAGAUAUUGUGGAUGAGGCCAUAUAUUACUUCAAGGCCAAUGUCUUCUUCAAAAACUAUGAGAUUAAGAAUGAAGCUGACAGAACCUUGAUAUACGUUACACUGUACAUUUCUGAAUGCUUAAAAAAACUCCAAAAGUGCAAUUCCAAAAGCCAAGGAGAGAAAGAAAUGUACACACUGGGAAUCACCAACUUCCCCAUUCCUGGUGAACCUGGAUUUCCACUUAAUGCAAUUUAUGCCAAACCUGCAAACAAACAGGAAGAUGAAGUGAUGAGGGCCUACUUACAGCAACUGAGGCAAGAGACUGGACUGAGGCUUUGUGAGAGAGUUUUUGACCCUCAGAGUGACAAGCCUAGUAAGUGGUGGACUUGUUUUGUGAAGAGGCAAUUCAUGAACAAGAGCCUUUCAGGCCCUGGGCAAUGAAAGAUGUGAACAGUACCAAGGAGAAGCAGCAACCACAGAGUUAAAGAGUAUUGCAGCAAGAUGUACACAGCUCUUUGCCUUUGUUUCAUAAAAAAUUAUAUUAAGGAAAUGAGAAAAUUCUGAAAAAAGAACAUGUGGGAAAAGAGUCCUUUGAAAAAAUUUGCAGUGUGAAGCUGGUGCUUAAUGAUGAUGAUGAUGGCAAUAAAAAAAAUCUAUGCUCCAUGUCA